AUGGAUCCAUCUGAGGUAGUUUACUGCGGUAUCUACCUGGAACAUUCACGGGGAUUUUGGAAUAUAAAUAUGGAUGCAGUGAAUAAUAACAGUUCUACCAGCAUAAAGAUGAAAAAUAACUUCAGUAUAGAACACCUGCUAGCAAAGCCUGAAACUACAGGAUCUCUUGUUCAAAGUGGUACCAAAAUAGUGAACAAUGAGUACGACACAGCGGAUGCGCCGCGCGGAAGAUCGAAUAGUGAAAUUUUCAGGGAAAAUACAACCUCGCCGGAUUCUAGCUGUAACGAGGAGCCGAUGGAUAACUGCAGUGAAGCAGCGUCGGAAGAAAGUGCUUCAGGAACAAACGACGAUCGGAAAAAACGCCCAAGAACCGCGUUCUCCGCUGCCCAGAUAAAAGCACUGGAGACGGAGUUCGAACGCGGGAAAUAUCUAUCAGUAGCCAAAAGAACUGCCCUGGCGAAAUCGUUACAUCUCACCGAAACACAGAUCAAGAUCUGGUUUCAGAACCGGCGAACAAAAUGGAAACGAAAGUACACAUCGGAUGUGGAACAGCUUGCUUCACAUUACUACUCCCAGCUUGGAAUAGGGAAUUUUGCCCGACCGAUGGUAGUUGGCGAUCGGCUAUGGCUUUUCAGUCAAAGUCCCAGCGGUCCAACACCAGUGCAGUCUCUUCUUCUAAACACGCCUCCUGCACUGAAUCCAGGUCAUCCGGCCAUGCGACAGUUUCAGCCCAUUCCUCCCAACCAACCAGGAGCACCGACAUUCGCGGGGCGUCCCAGCAAUGGGUACACUGUGAACUACCUCCCAAAAUCAAGCAUCCCGUCGCAGGCACCGAGCUUUCUGAGUCGCCUACCACCUGCCAGUUUUAAACCAAUCCCGAUGGAAGAAGGGAUCAGCUUCUACAAGGGUCAGCCAGAAAUGAUGGAUAGCUACUAUGGUUCACUGAAGUUCGGUCCGACAGAACUGGUUAGUGAAGAACUUUCGCCAGUUAGCAGUGGCUCUGGUAUUGCGGAUUUGGAACGAGCAUUCGGAAAUCCAUGUGAGCUACUAGGUGGCCAUACGACAAGAACCCCAGUUCUAGUGGCUCAUUCUGAAACUAAAGAGGACGGUAGAGUGACAGAUGUGGCUGAGGAUUCGUCUAGUGAUAUAGACUGUGAGGAAGUUAAUGAUAAAGAAUAA